AUGCCCUUCACACUGACGCGCCAGUCGCUAAGUGCGAGCCGGGCCUUUGCGACAUCUCUACGAGGCAAGCGCCUCGAGGGUGCGCUCAGCCUAGACCAUUUCCUACAGCGCACAAAGGUCGUCUCCUUCUACCGGACCAUCUUGCGCGGCACUCGGCGCAUAGCAGACCCUGUCACGCGAGCCGAAUCUCGACGCUAUGCUCGCGAUGAAUUUGAAAGACACAGACAAGUUACCGAUAUUUCUCAUAUUCGCUAUCUCCUGUCCACGGGCAAAACGGAAUGGGAAAGCAUGGAGCGAUACAUUGACGGCAUGUAA